AUUGCAGUUAUAGAUAUCAUCUCUUCAUUGAAACGCUUCAGAGAACCAAAGCAUGAAAGACGUCCUUGGAGGAUUUGGUUUUUGGAUACAUCCAAACAAGCCAUAGGGAUGAUGUUCAUCCAUUUUGCCAAUGUGUAUUUAUCAGACCUUACUGAAGAGGAUCCCUGUUCACUAUAUCUUAUCAACUUUUUGCUAGAUGCCACCUUAGGAAUGCUGCUAAUUUAUGCUGGUGUCCGAGCAGUAAGCAGUGUUGUUGAACGGCAGCAAUGGGAAUCUCUUCGUUUUGGCGAAUAUGGGGACCCAUUGCAAUGCCGUGCUUGGGUAGGACAGUGUGCAUUGUACAUAGUUAUCAUGAUGUUUGAGAAAACGAUCAUAAUUAUAGUGCUCCUAAUACCUCAGUGGAAAGAGAUAGCUUUGUUGAAUCCUAUAGAGAAUCCUCAGUUGGAGUUGGCUAUUGUGAUGCUGAUAGUCCCCUUCUUUGUAAAUGCAUUAAUGUUUUGGGUUGUUGAUAACUUCCUUAUGAAAAAAGGAAAGACAAAAGCUAAGCUUGAAGAGAAAGAAUCAGGUCAAGAUUCAAGAAAUGGGAGCAAAGUUCGAUAUAGGAGAGCAGCGUCACACGAGGAAUCAGAGUCAGAGAUUCUAAUCUCAGCAGAUGAUGAAAUGGAGGAAUCUGAUGUGGAAGAGGAUCUUAGGAGACUGACUAAUUUAAAGCCUGUUAAGAAAAAGAAGCAUCGCUUUGGUCUGCCCGUAUGACAGGUUGGAUACUUGCAGGUUAACGAUGGAUUUGCCCACCUCAGUGGAUUUUCACUUGGCCGCAGGAUGCUUGUUGCCUCAAGACUGUGAAGCAAAGGGAAUACAGCCCAUUGGAACCACUACCUGUUCAAUUGCACUAUGGAAAAUAUGCAAGAGUUUCUUCUCAACAUGUGUUCACAAAUUCCUGUUACCAAGGUGAUUUGGAUGGAUGGGAUCCUUCAGAAGACAGGCAUAGAAUACCAUCAUUUCAGCUGUGGUCCUGAAUGACACUCUGAAAGUCACAGGAGGAUUGACAAAAUUUGAAUCAGUAUGUUUUAUUACGAAAAACACUUUUUUGCAGCAUACUGCUGAAGCAGAAUAGUUUUAUAGUUACAAAUUAAUGGUACCUAUGGAACUAAUGGGCUGCAAAGUUUUUUUUUUCUUUUCAAAUCUCUUCUAACCUGUUUAAACUUUUAUAUUUAAGUUAUAUUUUCAUACUGGGAUAUUUAAGGAUUCUCUUUGUCAAAGAAAUUGUGCUGUUACUUUGUGUGUGUGGUUAAAUAGGUCAGACUUGCAGCAAAAUGGGUUUCCAUUGUCUGUAUCACAUAAAGGAGGAUAGUGCAGGGACAAAGGGAAGUGGUAGCUGAUUGCUUUCUAGAAUGAGAUGGCCUUGGUCUGAAGAGAAUCAGAAGCCCCCUUGAACAAAGAGCAGUUAAGUGGCAGCAGUGAUCACUUUUGAAACAGGGGUAUUGUUCUGUGUAUACGCUGAGCACUUUAGCAAAAAAGCAACAAAUAGGGGUUUUCUUCUGUAUAUCAACUAAACACUUAAAGCUAUUUUGAUAAUGAUGGCUUCUUCAGUAUUUGCAAAUCAUCUGAUCUCACAGCAAAACUAUUCCAAAGCUUCAGCAAACAUUCCUUUUCUCAAAAAGCUAAUGUAGUACAGGUAAAGCAUUAUUGCCUCUUUUCAAUACAGUUCAGCUGGCUACUAGAGAGUACACGAAUUACUACAGCUAAUUCUCCAUUUUUCCUUUCCUUUCCUUUCCUUUCCUUUCCUUUCCUUUCCUUUCCUUUCCUUUCCUUUCCUUUUUUCUUUUCUUUUCGUUAAGUCUCAUUUCAGCUGGAUAAACCAGAGUCAAAGCAUAAUAUAAUGGAUAUAUUUGUUGGUUAAUGUUAGGAUCAUUGCAGCUACCCUAGGGUUACUGUGGAUGUGUCUCUGUUGAUGUAAUACUUGUAUGCCUGAUAUCAUUGAUUCCCAAUUAAUUACUACUUGCAGUGAUGGCUAGUGCCUGUUGGUCUGGUAGGGCAGAGGAAACAGUGGCCAAUGGUAGGCAAAGCCAGCUAAUUCUGGUUUUGUCCUUAUCCUCUUCUCUUGUAAUGGCACUAAAAAUAUUCAAGCAGUGGACAGCAGUACAAUUCUUUAAUAUUGAUCCGAACUUAAUAAUAAUCUCUUAUAUUGGUUCACUAGAUUGAUGUAUUAAUGAACUUGCUUCUCUGAUGACCUCUCCAACCUGUUACUUUUUCCAACCAUUCCAUUAAGUAUCUAUUCCAGGGCAAGCUUAGGGACAGAGUGGUGCUAUUUAAACACAGAGAGAAAGAUGUCUUAACGGUGGUCAUAUUGACAUGUUUUCUUAGUUUUUAAAUAUAGGUUAAUGGUUUUUCCUCUGCUCUGCUCUGCUCUAGAAUAGGCAAAGGCAAGUAGCAGACUGGCUUACAGAUCUUCACCUCUCCUUGGGAGGGCCUUUGUCAGAUCCAAUUUGGGAGCAGAAGUAUUUAAACUGUUACAAGCCUGUUACAGCAGAGGAAUAUGUAUACUACAUUUUAGAAGGUCAUGCUUAAAAUGUUUUUGGAAACUUAUUGUACCUCUGGGAAUGAGAGUCAAACAGAAACAGUGUUAAGCACAAUGAACACAAAUUCUGGGACCUGAAAUUUGUUAAGAAUGGUCCCACAGAUUUCCUUCCGGGUUUUGUGCUGACUACUUUCCACUAGGUCAGUCAUAUCCCUCAACAUAUUUAUUCUCUGUCCCAAACAUACAUAUGCCCCCACCAAGGGCUUUAAAAAGUUGUCAAAACUUUCUUCCUUCCUCAUUCCCUGCAUAAUUAUUUUAAAAAAAAAUUAAACUAGUGCUGUGCCAAAACCUGCCUUGCAAUUUUGCAAACAUUUUCUUCCUCUAAGAGAGAGACUUCUGUCAUAUUCUCAGGGUUCUUGAGAAUUACUCCCCUUGGUGGUGUUUUUGUUGGAGGUGGGAGAAGAUGCAGCUGCUGCUGUUUUCUGUGACACAUUUUUCUAUCAUGCAGAAGCUUCUCUGGCUACCCACCCUGCCCAAUCUGAAAAAGUAAAAAGAAAAUUGAGGAGAUUGUUGUACAGUUCAAGAUAGGAUGUUCAGAUACAACCUUUGGCCACCUCAUCACAAAUAAUACAAGAACCUAGAUCACAUCCCUUAGAAUCUCUCUGAAAUGCCUUUUGGAAUAAUUCUCCAAAUUCUUGUUCAGCUACUGGUAGAACUAAAAUUGCAGGAUAUUUUUUCUGAACGGCUGAAGUAACAGCACUGUCUGCCAAUCCCUUACAUAUCUAUUGUUCACAGUGUGAACAUACAAGCUGUUUCACUGAAAAACUUCUUUUAAGUGUUUGAUGUUUUCUGCCCUAACCUAUCCCCCCAAAAGACAAUCAGCAUUUCCUCCAUCUGUACCCCUGAAUUCCAAAAUAUUUCCCCUCGAUAACUGUUAUAACAGGACCUUGCCAAGAAGACAGAAACUGCUCCUGAUACAACAGUCUAAACUAAACUAUACUGUACACACGUCUGGGGUUAGUCUGGAUCAAAUUACACUUUAGUCUGGCAUCAGCAUGGUAAUUUAUGCAUCUGGAGACACUAUUUGCAGUCAUUCUGGUGAGUUGACUGGUCAAUAAGUUCAAUAUCCAUCAGUCUUUUCUCCCUGCCUCUUCUUUAUUUAUCAAAUUUAUUGAAUUUCUAGGCGGACUCCAGAAUGAAUCUGGGCAGCUUUCCCAUUUUUAAAAAAAAUAUAUAUUAAAAAGACAACACUCACGUGAGGGGACAACAUAAAUUUCUUUCCCAUCACCCCCAAUGUAAAGAGGGUGCCCAAAGAUGCUAACUCAAGGCCUGGAGGAAUGGCUAAGCUUUUAAGGGUCCCCUGAAGGGGGGGGCAUACUCAUCUUUUUUUCUCCCCACUGCUUUUUCUCAAAAAGAGAGGCCUCCUCUCCACCUCCC